AAUAAAAUAAACAGGGGGAAGGAGCAGCACCAAAUCCAAGAUGGCGGCCAGCAGGAGGCUGAUGAAGGAGCUUGAAGAAAUCCGCAAAUGUGGGAUGAAAAACUUCCGUAACAUCCAGGUUGAUGAAGCUAAUUUAUUGACUUGGCAAGGGCUUAUUGUUCCUGACAACCCUCCAUAUGAUAAGGGGGCCUUCAGAAUCGAAAUCAACUUUCCAGCAGAGUACCCAUUCAAACCACUGAAGAUCACAUUUAAAACCAAGAUCUAUCACCCAAACAUCGACGAAAAGGGGCGGGUCUGUCUGCCAGUAAUUAGUGCUGAAAACUGGAAGCCAGCAACCAAAACCGACCAAGUAAUCCAGUCCCUCAUAGCACUGGUGAAUGACCCCCAGCCCGAGCACCCGCUUCGGGCUGACCUAGCUGAAGAAUACUCUAAGGACCGUAAAAAAUUCUGUAAGAAUGCUGAAGAGUUUACAAAGAAAUAUGGGGAAAAGCGACCUGUGGACUAAAAUCUGCCACGAUUGGUUCCAGCAAGUGUGAGCAGAGACCCCGUGCAGUGCAUUCAGACACCCCGCAAAGCAGGACUCUGUGGAAAUUGACACGUGCCACCGCCUGGCGUUCGCUUGUGGCAGUUACUAACUUUCUACAGUUUUCUUAAUCAAAAGUGGUCUAGGUAACCUGUAAAGAAAGGAUUAAAAAUUUAAGAUGUUCAA